AUGUAACGUUAAUUUGAUAUAACAUUAGAACUUAAAACCGAUGCGAUUAAUAUUUAUGAUUUAAAUAGUAUCAAAUUGCAAGCUGAUGUAAUUCUCAAAAAUAUUGAGAACUAAAUCAAUAAAUGUUCUUAAUGGAAAUCAUCGAAAGAGUAACCUUUAUCCUUAAAUACUACUUAAAAUACUAGAAUUUAAUAGUAAGAUAGACAGUGGAGUACCUCAAUAAACAAAAAAAUUCAAUAGCCAAGACCUUUCUCGGCAUUAUCGGGAGUUGGUACAAGAAUUAAGCGAUUCGAAGAUGCGAAAGACAAAUAGAAAAUAGAAUCUUAACAAUAAAUAAUUGAUAAAUGUCCUUUACCAUAAAAACCACCAAAAAGUGCUUUAGCAUUGAACUAAUUAUGCAAUCAAGAAUUGAUUAUGGGAAAUUUCAAGUUGGAAACAAUACUGGGAUCAGGAUCAUUUGCAAUGGUUAGAUUAGGUAUUGAUAAAAAUUCGAAAGAGAAAUAUGCUAUUAAAAUUUAUGAAAAAAUAAAAUUGAAUGAUUCUCAGAAAAUGAACAAUGUAAAAAGAGAAAUAUCCAUCUUGAAAAGGAUUGAACAUCAAAACAUUAUCAAAUUGUAUUGGGCAAUAGAAGAUAAAAAAUCAAUCAAUUUAGUCAUGGAAUAUAUUUCCUCAUAAUCUUUGGCUUCGUACAUAAAGUCUAAGCCAAAUAGAAUCUUGCCAGAAAAAGAAUGUUUAAGUUUGUUCUAUCAAAUUGCCAUGGCUAUCAAAUAUUUGCAUGAUCUAAACAUAUGUCAUAGAGAUAUCAAAUUAGAUAAUGUUUUAAUGAUGAAAACUAAUGUUGUAAAACUGAUAGAUUUUGGUUUUGCCAUUUGCAUGCCUCUAAAUUAAAAAACUAACGUAUUUUGUGGGACGCCUCAUUAUAUGUCUCCCGAAAUAAUAGCAAAGGUUCCUCAUCACCCUGCUAGUUCAGAUAUUUGGUCUUUAGGUAUACUUUUAUCUAGAAUGAUAACAGGAGAGUAUCCUUUUAAAGGAUAAAAUGAUAAAGAUCUAUAUAGAUAAAUAUAGUGUUAAAAAGUAAAAACUAAUUAAGAUAAAAAAAUUAACGAGAACGUAAUGAGAGUAAUAAAUGGAUGUUUAGAAAAGAAUGUUUAAAAUAGAUGGAGCAUUGAUCAAGUAAUCAAUGAUCCUGUAUUUCAUAAAGACAUCUUAAUACCAUCAGUAAAAGUAUUUUGA